AUGCUUGACAUCUACCAGCUCAACCUUGCUGGUUUGCUCCUGGCGUGUGGUGUUCUCUUCUCCUCUGGCAGCCAAACAAAAGAAGAGGCCGCUAAAAAAGAUGGGAGGAAGAAUCCCAAGCAACAGUCAAUACAGAAAAAUCAAAAGGAGUCCCAAUGGGCCUUCUAUACCGUCUAUGCCCUUGUCAUGGGCUCAGAUUGGCUCCAGGGACCUUUUCUCUACUCACUCUACAAGAAUGAACAUGGCAUAUCUUCGGACCUUGUGCCUACCCUAUUCACCACGGGUUUUAUCUCCGGGGCCGUUGCGGGCUACUUCAUCGGAUCCUUAGCUGACCGUCACGGCCGCAAGGCAAGCUGCCUCUUCUUCUGCGCGGCGUACGCGCUCUCUUGCCUGCUCACCACCAUUCCGAGUCUGCCGCUGCUCUUCAUUGGCCGCCUACUUGGCGGACUCGGAACUAGUCUCCUGUUCAGCGUCUUUGAGAGUUGGAUGGUCACUGAUUUCCAUGCUCGUCGUCUGGGGGAGAAGGGCUUGGACCUGUCACGGACAUUUGGGUUCAUGAGUACUGUUAACAGUGUCGUCGCCAUUGUGAGUGGAGUGGCAAGUGAGUGGUUGGUAUCCGCGACGGGUACUCGGAAGUCGCCUUUUAUUGCUAGCAUCGGAUUGCUGGUUCUCGCAGCUGGGUUUAUCUCUAGCCAAUGGGAUGAAAACUACGGUUCUACGGGUCAAGGCUCUCCAUCCAAGGCAUCCAAGGACAAGCAACCCAGCCUAUGGACCACGAUGACAGAUAAACGCGUUCUCACGAUCGGUCUGGCAUCAACAAUGUUUGAAGGUUCGAUGUAUCUGUUCGUAGUUCUCUGGAGUCCUGUGCUGGGUGCUGCAUCUUCCUCGCCCGACAAUCUUCCUUACGGCAUCAUUUUUGCUGCCUUCAUGGCGUCAACUCUUCUCGCUUCCCUCCUCUACCCUCGCCUGUCUGCCAUGGUAUCCACCCCCUCUCGCUUGCUCUUCGCGGUUCUUCUUGCCGCCAACGCCGUCUUCUUCGCUCUUGGCACCGGUGGAUCGCGUCCGGAGCAGAUCACCUUUUGGCUCUUUUGCCUCUUUGAGGCUUGUGUUGGGCUCUACUUUCCGUCUAUGGGCUACCUCAAGGGCAAAGUUGUGGACGAUGGUGUGCGCGCGCAGGUUUACGGCGUUCUGAGGAUCCCGCUCAACUUGUUUGUCGUCCUGAGCCUGAUGUUCACGAACGAUGGCGAGGCCAACAAGGUCUUCCUCGCCUGCGGUAUGCUGCUUCAGGCAAGCUGCGGUGCGCUAUGGCUCAUGGGAGGACAGGAUGUGUAA